AUGAUUAAAAUUACUAAGCAUCUAAGGUUAAGAUAAAAUUAUUCAUCUAUUUUGGAUGAUCAAUCCAAAUUUUAUAUAAAACCUAUAGAGGGACUUGAGCAUAUAGAUUUCAGUGGUCAAUUUUUGAUUUAAAAAGAUGGCAAACUGAAAAAUAAAUUGUUGCAAUUGUCGCAACAUAUCCUUAUCUAUUCAAGCAAAAAAUAUGUCAAUCUAUUAAAUGCUACAUUGUUAGUAAUCUUUGAUAAGAAUAAUGAGAUCGAAGGAUUAAAACUUAUCAAAUCUGGAACAUCCUUGGAAAUCUAUGAGAAACCUCAGAAGCUCUACGAGUACAUAAGGAAAUACUGUAUUUAAAGAGAAAUCUCUGAUAGAUACAAAAUAAUACAAACCCUAUAUUAUGGAAGCAAUGCCACUUUUCUAAAAUUAGAAUCCUCAUUAGAUCCUCACGUUGUUUAUGUAGCCAAAGUAUACGAAAAAUAGAAUUUGAUUUCUGAAGAAUAGAAACAGAGUCUUAGGAAGGAAGUUUAAAUUCUCAGAACCAUAAAUCAUCACCACAUUUCAAAUUUAGUUGAAAUUUUUGAGGAUGACGAAUUAAUAUUUUUGCUUUAAGAAGAAUUGAAGGGAGAAAGCUUGCAAACUAUAUUAGAGAGACAAUAACGAUAUGACGAAAAUCAGAUUAAGUAAAUAAUGAGACCUCUAUUUGAAUGUGUUUCAUAUUUGCAUGACAAUAACAUCUUCCACAGAGAUAUCAAACCACAAAAUAUUAUGUAUAGAACAUCACCAGACUUCACAGAACCUUGCUUAAUAGACUUUAGCUUAGCAGAUUUUUGGAAUAAGAAUGGAAGAUAUCUAUUCACAAGAUGUGGAAGCAUAGGGUAUGUGGCUCCAGAAGUAUUAUAAGAUAAGAGAUAUGUCCUAAAUAUUGAUGUUUACAGUUUAGGCAUUGUCAUUUAUGUUUUGGUUACUUUAAAACACCCUUUUGAAGAUCAAGAUAAAAACAGAAUGAUACAGAAAAACUAUCAUGGCAAAAUAGACUUUACAGAAGUCUAAUGUUCUUAGGUUCUUAUGGAUUUAAUGACCAAAUGCCUAGAAACAGACUACACUAAAAGAUUAAAUUGCAAAGAAGCUUUGAAACAUCAAUUUUUUUACAAUAAAAUUCCAAAGAUGUUAUCUUUCAAAAUUAAAGACAAUAGAAAAUCAUCCAUAAUUAGAACUCCCAGAAGUUAAAAUAAACAACUAAGUGUCAGUAAAUUCUCUAAUGAUUCUGGAUAUGGUGUAAGCUUAUCAUAAUCACCUUCCUCAAUUGAUCGUGAUAGGUAAUUCUCCAGUAGGUUUAAGUAAAAUACUUUACUACCAGAAAUAAAUAAUUUUCGACCUAAAUCUAAGUAUUUUCAAACUAGAAAAUCUUAAUGUGACUCAUCAACCAAUAAAAUAGAAUGA